GAUGACAGUCUAAAGGUCAUGUGAUGUAAACAAAAUGGCGACUGUUUUGCCAAAGUUGGAACAACUCUCUCAGCGUGUUAUUCGCAUUCUGGGAUGUAAUCCAGGGGGACGACGCCUACAGGGAACUAACACAUAUCUCGUGGGGACUGGUCCCAAAAAAAUCUUGAUUGAUACAGGAGAUGCUGAUGUACCUGAGUACAUCAAUCUCCUUAAGUCAACUCUAGCGGAUUAUGCAGCAUCCAUACAGGAGAUUGUGGUCACCCACUUUCACCCAGACCAUGUGGGUGGGGUCAAGGACAUUUGCAAGAGUGUCAUUCAGUCUGCUGAGAUUCCAAGGGUGUCUAAGAUAAAGCGAGUGUCCGGUCCGGAUGUUGACCUUGGGCACAUCCCUUACAACUUUAUCACUGACAAGCAUGUCUUCAAAACAGAUGGAGCAACACUGAGGGCUGUGUACAAUCCAGGGCACUCAGAUGAUCAUAUGAUCCUUCUGCUAGAAGAAGAGAACGCUGUGUUCUCCGGGGACAGCAUUCUUGGAGGAACAACAACGACAAUCUCGGAUCUGAGUCAGUACAUGCAGUCUCUGCAUGACAUCCUAAAUCUUGCACCGAGCGUCAUCUACCCCGGGCACGGCUACGUCAUCACUGACCCAUGCGACACCGUCAGGGGCUACAUUCAACACCGACAGCAGAGAGAGGAUCAGAUUCUAGGGCAUCUCCAGACACAACUUCCCCUUGGCACCAACAUCAUGGCCAUUGUGAAGGCAAUUUAUGUUGACACCCCCGAGAACCUACACAUGGCAGCAGCAGGAAAUGUUUUUCAGCACCUGCAGAAGCUCAAGGCUGAAAAUAAAGUUGAAUGUACCGACGAGGAGAAAAUGGUCUGGAGGAUUAGACAGAAAGAAACAAAGUUAUGACAACAAUGACUGAUGAUUAUAUAUGAGUGUACUGUGAGAUAUGUGUCUUUAAUCAGAACUGCAGUAUAUCAAGAUUGUCCUGACUCAGUCAUCACUACAUUAUGUCCAGUGUCCCUGCCUGUAUAAUAAACUGGGUGCCAUAAUGAAAACACAUGAUACAGCCAAUUUGAAACAGUGUUUAUUGACAUUAUUCUUAAUAUCAAUAAUGUGAUACUGUAUUAUAUAAAAUGAUGUCAUGUCAGUUUUGUUGUUGACGAUAUCAACUAGACUUGCUUUAAUUCCAAUCUCAUUAAAAUCAGAUCUUAGUUUUUGCUACCGCUUAACAAAGAUCUGAGGACAUCCCAUUACGGGUCACGUCAGAACGUCCUCUCGCAAAUUUUGACCGACCAAUGAAAUGACUGACA